CGUCAAUCUAACAUGAACGAGCACAGAAAUCAUCCAGUUUUGAUACGAGGCCUUCUGGCUGGGAAUGACUCCCAGAUGUAUAUUGACAUUCAAAGGAGCGGGGCUAGUCUAUGGCACACGUUCAGCCAUAACGACUCCAACGCUCAUACACUAUGGAUGUACGAUGAUGCCAUUUAUCAACCAACUCAGCAGUGUCCAGUAGCUGCUGUGCACUGAUUUUCCUGUUUUCCUGUUUUAGUGACCUUUGCUAUGGCUCCACUUAUUGCUCCUUGCCGUGUCGUGGAGCGACCACUGGAGUCACCUCGUCCAAGGAUUUGAAAGUCCAGCAAAAACAAGCAACUCAACACAGCCCUCUAAGUGUCGAUCGUGAUGUCGAUCCAUCCAGCUAAGCUGGCUUGUGUGGGUGUUUCUAAUAUUUCCAUGCCCGUGUACAUGUAAAAAAAAACCCUGUUCUAGGGGGCAAGAAUAUCAGCUCUUCAUCGUCAUAAGAAACUUAGAAGAGUAAAUCAAAUUCCCAGCGCGCCCCGGAAACAUAUCAUGACUUCAUUUACUUCCGCGUAUUGUGUAAAUUGAACAGUAGCUUGCCGUUCAUUUUUCACUUUCUUUCCCUUUUCAAUUUCCUACAGGCCAGUGGGCACAAAUGGUUCUGCUUCUCCAUUUUCUCGUGGCAGGCGUCUCGCUAUGCGCAGGGCUUGCAGGGGCCGCUGCUCCCCCCGAGAUGAACAAGUACCCUCGAUCCAAUAAUGCCAAUAUUUACGCUCACGAUCCAAAUAUUAUCAAAGACGGUGAAUAUUACCAUCUCUUCAAGGGCGGCGUACAUAUCUCAUAGUAGCGCGCGAAGAGCCUGAACGGCAAAUGGGAAGACAUGGGCCAUCUGCUGGAAGGCGACAGCAUCAUCCCCAACAAGAAAAAUGCAACCAGGCCAUGGGCCCCUAGCGUGAUUAAAAGGGGCGACACACUUUACUGCUACUACACACUCAGCGGCAGAGGGAAACGGGACAGCGCUAUUGGUGUUGCAACCACCAAGAAGUUGGCAAGGGGCGCUUACUGGAAAGACCAUGGCGCUCUUAUCCAGACGGAAACAGGAGAAGGGUUCGACGUGUUUCCAUUCACUACCUCCAACGCCAUUGAUGCGAGCGUGUCCAUUGACGGCGGCAAAGCCUAUUUGAACUAUGGCAGUUUCUUCUCGGGUAUCUGGCAGGUUCCGCUGGGUAAGGACCUUAAGUGUUUACCGAAUUCUAGGAAACUAAAUGCCGUGCAGCUUGCGCGUAAACGCCAGAAGCGCAAUGAUAUUGAAGGCUCCUUCAUGAGUUUCCAUGGUGGUUGGUAUUAUCUCUGGUUCAGCCGUGGGAUGUGCGGUCGAUUUAAAGACGAUUUCACUCUGUAAAGGGUAAAGAGGUGUAUGAAGAAUCCGUCUCUCGGCACUACUCACUUUUAGAGAGGCAAAAACAGUCCCAGCUGAAAAUAAACUGAAAGCUAGAUAUUCCAUCCGUGUCGCGCGAUCCCAAAAGCGCCCGUGGGCGUUCAUUGAUAGAACUGGCAAAAAACGACCCAGGGAGGCGGCCACAAGGUUUAUGCCUCCAAUUAUGACAACACCGUCUUUGCACCAGGUGGUCUAGGCGUACUGACGGGAAUGAAUGGAACUCCUGAUAUCUUGUACUAUCACUACUUCAACGCGAAGGUCAGCUUGAAGCAUGAGAAGGCCCGAGUGGGUUACAACACGCUCAAAUACGUCAAUGGAUGGCCUGUGGUUCAAGCGCCGAAGAAAUAGGUUAGUUGGGGUUUAUCUUCAUUCUAUCGAACUGCGAAUUACAGUAUCUAACAGAGUUUGUUCUCUGCUCUGGAUGAUCCUCUUGCUCUUCUUGUGGACUUUGUGAGGUGAUGGAAUGGAUAAUACCUCCGAUGAUAGCAAGGAUGGGGAUAACUUGGUUGGAACAGGCAUUUAUUUUCUUUUGAGUACCAUGGGCUUGGUUUUCAUGUACGUAUUCUCAUGGGCUUCCAUGUAACUGUAAAGCACUGAGAUUAUAUAUUUGUCUCGAGUCGAUAUCUUUUUAUUGUGACUGCAGAUUCCGGUUUGAUUC